CGCCACGACUCCCCAGAGCCAUCCCCGCUGAGACCGAGACGUCACGACUGCCCGGACCUGUCACCACCCCGGCGCCAGCGCCACGACUCCCCGGACCCGUCACCUCCACGGAGGAAGCGUCACGACUCCCCGGACCUGUCACCUCCACGGCGCCAGCGUCACGACUCCCCCGACCCGUCCCCGCCGCGGAGGAAGCGUCACGACUCCCCGGACCUGUCACCUCCGCGGCGCCAGCGCCACGAUUCACCAGACGUAUCGCCGCUGAGAUGGAAGCGUCACGAUUCCCCUGAGCAAUCUCCAAAGAGAGGCAGUUCAGCAGCAGGAAAAAAGGCCAGCAAAGCGGCACAGGAGUCGCUGUCGGGGGCAGUGCGAGGAGAAGUGGCUCAGCUCAAGCGCAGCUCCUCUGACAAGGCCUCGUCCCGUCAGAGGGGGAAUGUGACUCCUGAUCUGUCCCCUCCUCGGAAAAACAGAUGCGAUUCUGACCUAGAGCCGUCACCGCCUCGGAAGAAGAGGCCUGGGUCACCGGCACUGAAAAAGCAGAGCAGAGGGAGAGAGGCAAACGUGAUGACGUCUGGGGUCAAGGCGGGCCUGGUGUCAGCGGAUGUGCUGCGGCGGGAGCAGCAGGAGCUCAGGAGACAUGAGAGAAACACCAAGCACUUGGAAGAGGAGUCCCAGCACACGGAGACCGUCUUCCGGGACAAGUCCGGCCGCAAGAGGGACCUGGCGCAGGAGCGGCUGGAGCAGAAGCUGCGAGACGAGGCGCAGGCGGAGCGGGACGAGCAGUACGCCCACUGGGGCCGCGGGCUCGCUCAGGGCAGGCAGCAGCAGCAGAAUGUGGAAGAUGCCAUAAAGGAGAUGCAGAAGCCCUUGGCGCGCUACAUUGACGACCAGGACCUGGACCGCAUGCUGCGGGAGCAGGAGAGAGAGGGAGACCCCAUGGCCGAGUUCAUCAAGAAGAGGAAGGCCAAGGAGAGCAAGGACAAGAAAGAGAAACCCAGGUACAACGGACCAACUCCUCCGCUCAACAGAUUCAACAUCUGGCCGGGGCACCGCUGGGACGGCGUGGACAGGUCCAACGGGUUCGAGCAGCAGCGCUUCGCGCGCAUCGCCGACAGGAGGGCGGUGCAGGAGAUGGCCUACAAGUGGAGCGUGGAGGACAUGUAG